CUAGUAAUGACUGCACAGACUAUUGGCUAUUGCACUCACAGUCCUGUCAGCCACUCUGGACCAAGUGCAUCAUGAGGGGCUCAAUUUGGGCAUCCAAUCUGGACUUGGCCAACAAGUUGGAUGUCUCCACCAAGGAUUUCACCACCCAAAUCUCCAGAUGCGCCCGGUGCCACCAGUGGCACGUGGCCCUGUCGUUGUUCGCCACGCUGCCGUCGCGGCGGCUGCGGAGCAACGUGGUGACAAGCACAGCGGCGAUGGCAGGUGGUGAAGGAUGGCGGAGGGCCAUGGAACUGUUGCAGAAGAUGUUGGUGGAUGAAAUUCGGGUGAAUUCCAUUGCGUUUAAUGCAGCCAUAAACUCUUGCCAGCCGUGGCAGCUGUCGCUGAGCUGCUUCAAUUCCAUGGUCCACCACAGCUGUUGCCCCGACGCCAGCAGCCUGGGUGCAGCCAUCAGUGCCUGCAGAGAACGACCGGAAGACGCGUUGAAGCUCCUGGCGUUUUCGGCGACGUGGGGCAUCCGACCAGAUUUGGUUUGCUUCACUUCCGCCAUCAUUUCCUGUGAGAAGGGCGGCCAAUGGCAGCAGGCUUUAAGCUUAUUUGAUGCUAUGCAGCUUUCCGACCUCCAACUUGACGUGGUGUGCUUCAGUGCGAUCAUCAGUUGCUGCGAGAAAGCUGGGCAAUGGCAGCAGGCGCUGACAUUGGUUGACACCAUGCUGCGGCGAAAUCUUUCGCCAAAUCUGGUGACGUUCAACGCGGCCAUCAGCUCCUGUGAGCAGCAGGGCAUGUGGCAGCAGGCACUGAGGUUGAUGAAGUUGAUGGAGGAUGCGUCGCUUCAACCUGAUGUGAUCAGUUUCAAUGGCCUCAUCAAUUCCUUGGAAACCAGCCAACGGUGGCAGCAGUCUUUGGUGAUUUUCGACACGUUGCUGAUGGCUGACCUUCAGCCCAGCUGCAUCACCUUCAACACAGUCAUGUCCUGCUGCGAAAAGGCAGGGGAAUGGCAGCAGGCUUUACAGCUGUUGCAGCUCAUGUCCGAAUCGACGGUUGCAUGGGAUGUCAUCAGUUUUAAUUCAGCCAUCAGUUCUUGUGCGGGUCAGUGGCAACAAGCCAUUCUCCUCCUGGAAUCUAUGGCGGCUAGUGCCAUUCAGCCCACGGUAUUGAGCUAUGCGGCAGCCAUCAGUUGCACGACAGGUGGGCCAUUUCAAGUUGUUGACCGGUUGCUGUCAGCCCUGAAAGUCACGUUUCUUUCGUCACUUUGACGAGAUGUUGGAAUCUUGCGGCGGUGGUCGCAAGGUUUUCUGCUAGCUUCUCCUAGU